AUGCAGAAAAUCUGGGUUGGGAGCUUCAACGUUGUUGGUCGUGAUGGUGCAAGGAGGACAUGGAUGAGAUCCAUCUAUGUAUUUGUAGAGGUCAUAACUAAUGAGAAUGGCCUCAAUCUGGAGUUUCCAAGCAAUAUAAUUUGUGGAGGACAAUUUAUGGAUGGAUUGAUGGGAAGUGUUGAUGAGUUGAAGGUUAGGCCAGAUCUUCGUCCAAUUGAUAUCAAGAAUAACUUGUUCUCAUACUAUGGCAUCAAGAUUAACUACUGUAAAACAUGGAAAAGCAAAGAGAGAGCAAAACAGGAACUAUACGGUGACGAUGAUGAGGCUUAUGAUUCACUAAGAUGGUAUGAAGCCAUGGUUCAAGCAACUAAUCCAGGAAGUCGUGUUGCUAUUGAUGCUAAUGACGAAAGGUGUAGGCCUCUCUUGUUUUGGAUGGAACAUUUCUUAAAGACCGCUACAGAGGUAUACUACUUAGUGUCACGGGAUAUGACAGCAACCAAGGAAUAUUUUCUCUGGCUUAUUGUGUAUUUGACCAUGAGAAUAACUGGAAAUGGUUCUUACAAGGAGUGUGGACGAUACUAUAUGAUAGGGAAAAGCCUUAAAAUCCUCCACAUCAACUGUCGAGAAUUUCAAAAAAAAAAGAUGAAGGAUUUGGGUCACAAGGCAAAUGUCGCUCAAAUUUUGGGUGAUUUAUUACAAAUCGCGGCUUACAAGUACACAAUUUCUAAAUGGGAUGAUUACAUGCAAGAAUUGGCAUCGAUCGAUCAAAGGGCUUAUGUUACUGCAAUGGAAUACUCCCCGGAGAGAUGGACAAACGCUUAUUUCCCUUGUAUAAUGUAUGAUAACAUUGUUUAA